AUGUUUGGUUAUGUACUGGUUUCGAACACGAACAACGUGAUUUCAUUCGGUGGUGAUGAUGAUUUCAACGACUACUUGUAUAACAGCGUUCAAGGCAAAACAUACUUCUCGCCUGACUGCCCGUCAACGUCCAGUGGUGUCUGCACUGACUCCUCGACAGAAUCACUGUCAAGUGUUGAUGGGCUCAAAACUUCCUCACAAGCAUCAAGAAAUAACUUAUCAUCUACGAAAGUAAAAGCUUCUCAUCUGCUUUUGCCUCUUAUUUCUAUGUACCGAACAUACUUUGCCCGCAGUGGUGAUCGUAUCGAAUCGGUGGUAUGCAGCCAGAACAAAAUAUUAUUAAGACAUCUCAAAUGCAACUACAUCGUCAUAUCGAUUGGAAACAGCGAAGAACGGCAAAAGCGACUUUUGAAUUUCUUGGAAAUGGGAUUGGAGUUGAACAUUGGACCUCUUCUAGAAUUUAUUGAUUUGAAGUUGAUGACAGUGAGGUUAGGAAGUGAAUUCGUGGAAUCUGUCAGCGAAAGCUGCAUACUAGAGAAUUACAAGAUCAGAGAAUUUCUGGAUGUUCGUAAAGCAUUAUUUUUUCAAACUGAAUUGACGUUCAUAUUACCUUUUCUGAAGUCAUUGCCGUCAAAGCUUCUAAACACUAUUGGUAGUAACAGAUGCUUUCUGUUAAGUGGUGGUGAGGUGUUGGCAAGUAAUACAAGUGAUAGAAAAUCAAUAUGGGACAGUAUAACUAUGAGUAACUUGACACUUUUCUUCCAGUUACUUUCGAAGAGAAAGUAUCUGAAACAGUACGAAAGUGUUUCGCUUUGGUUACAUUCGUAUAAAUUUGCGACACCAAUUUUUACGAAUGCCAUGAUUUACAACAAUGGCAGUGGUCCAAUAUUAUUAUGCCUUAGUGAGGCUAAAUACGGAUCUGUUAUUAGUACUAUUGCUAACCUUCUGCCACAUCUGGAUAAUUUAGCGUUUUCGGAACACUUCACAAGAGAUGUCCGUAAUAUACGAGAAAUGGUGGAGAUUAUUUCACAAGGUCUACAUUCAAUUGAAGCCAACGGAGCAUUUACACGAAAAGCGGGAUUUAUGAGAAGCCCAUCACGAACGGCAACCUUCCUUCAAACAAUUUGGCAAAGAACUGAGAAUCUGUUCAAAGCCUCCUGUGAUAAGGAUUUAGUACGUGCUGACCAUUUGUGGGCUGUUAGCUCAUCAUUGUUAUCACUAAAGUCUGCAUUUUCGACGACUUCCUUAGCAUCUCCAAUAACGCCAAGUACUAGCAUCAGAAAUGAGAAUUUCUCAAUAAAAUGUGAAACGAUGAUGAAGUAUUUUCGUCGCCAAGUCAUCAACAUUCUUCAAGAGCUUUGCUUUCAAACAUUCGAAGCCUCAAAAAUUAAAUUAGCGCAGUUUCGUGAAACAGUGUCUCAUAUGGCAAGAGUGCUACCGGGAAACAUGAUUUCGGAUCAGAAUAUAGCACUAGCUCUAGAAAAAAAGUCAGCAUUGUUGAAAGAUUUCAUGCAUCCGGCUGCUCUUGGUCUCGACAUGAUUGCCUACUCAGUUUCGAUUCCUACGAAACUCAUAACUGUAGAUUUUAUUCCAGACUGGAUAAGUAAUGAAUUCAAUUCCUUAUUGAGAUCAUUGGAAGAUUGUGGCAGUGUCACUAGUAUUUCAUUUAAAUCAGGGAAGCGCUACAUACUUUACCGUGUGUCGGAAUCUGUUCCAAAUAUGGAAUGCGACAUUCUCAUGACAAGGAGUGAAAGGGAAACAGGCGAUUGGAAAGCUUUGGCGAAACACAAAAACAAUGAUAAGCUGUCAUUAAUCUGGGUAUUUUGCGACUUUGAAGUCGAAAAUAUUUCGAUUAUCUUUCAGAUGAAUGUCGAACGUGAAAGCCCAUGGUCAGGAUUCGGCUUGUUGAAGUAUCUUCACGUAGCUAUCCGCUCCAAAAUGGUUGCAGUCGCCUUUUUUGAAGAAGAAAUUUAUAAACAACUUGCUGAACGCCAAGUUUCGAGACUACUUGAUAUUAUUGCUAAUCAAAUUUCGUCGGAAAUUUUAUUCAUUUCCUGA